AAAUUAACAUUUAACCUUAACUUGCUAUUAAACCCAAAUCUCUUCAUCACAAGAAAAUUCAACCCCCCUCCAUUAAUGGAGUACUCUUCAAGAGUAGUAGUAUUAGAACCAAGUCUCUCUGAAACUUCAACCAUCAAACAAUUACAAGAAGAAGAUCAUCAUGAGCUUGUAUUGGAUCUUAGCCUCUCUAACAAGGAUGAUGAUUCCAAUCAAGGGUCUUCUUCAAAGCAAGAAAUUGAACUCAAUCUCAUCAAUUCAAUCAAGACAACUCCUCCUCCUCCUCCUCCAUCAGAUGAUCAAGCCGAGCCGCGAAUCUUCUCUUGCAACUAUUGUCAAAGAAAAUUCCAUUGCUCACAAGCUCUUGGAGGGCACCAAAAUGCACACAAGAGAGAGAGAACACUAGCCAAAAGAGGGCAAAGACUUGGUGGUGGUGGUGCAUACUCUAGCAUGUCUUCUUCUUUGCCUUUCCAUGGAUCAUUCAAUAGAUCACUUGGUAUAAAAGUGCACUCUUUGAUCCACAAGCCCUCCAAUUCUUUUUCAUCAAGUAGUAUUGGAUUUCAAGGGCAAAUAAGUAGUAGUGGAUGGUCUAGGCCACCAAUUGAUCAACAACCAGCAAUUGGAAGGCUUACUAUGGACAAUUUUAGUGUUGGAUCAUCAUCAACAAUUAAAGGGGCUCCAAGAUUUGGAAACUCUCGGACGUUUUCGCCGGCCGGUGAAGGGAUUGGGGGAUACCGGUGGGAUGGUGUUGGCCAUUUGAAGACCAAGAAAGAUGAUAUUCAGAAACUUGACUUGUCCUUGAAGCUCUAGUUCCUUUCCUUGUUUUUUUUUUUUCAAGUUCAAUUAUUGUCUUCUUUGAAUUUUUGGGUUUUGCUUGUUAUAGAUUUUUUUUUUUAAAUCUAUUUGAUGUUCGAAACCUUGUAAAUGCUUUAUGAAAGAUUUCAAUUUUGAGAUUUCAGUCCUCUA